AAUUUAAAGUCGACGAGGACAGAAAUGGCGCCAAAAGGCUCUGACUUUGCCGUUUUCAAGCGAGUAGGGAUACCCUCGGCGGUUUUAAAGAACAGGAAUAAAGACAAGAGGCUCGAUAAGAGAAGUGCGACUGGCUAUCGCAGAAUAGAACAAACAGAGGAAUCUGAUGCGCCUUCGGAAACGAAAUAUAGGGACCGUGCUUUGGAGCGUAGUCAAUUGAAAGAUGAAUAUCUCAAAGUGGAGGAGGAGUAUCAGCUUCUCAAAAAACAAACUGAGGAAGAAUCCCGUUAUAUGGGAGGAGAUGAAGAACACACUCACAUGGUAAAGGGUCUUGAUUAUACCCUUUUGAAUAAAGUAAAGAGCAAUCUGGAAAAAACUGAUGUCCACGCAUCAAAGGAAACUCAGGAUGAGGAUCCGGGUAUGGGUCAUACAGACCUUGGAUUCUACAUUUACAAAAACUUUUUUUAUCACACGAAUCUCCACAACCGGCAUUUCAAAGAAAAAAUAGAUAAUACCGUGGAACUUUUAAAAAGAGGCCAUAAAUUUAAAAAGAAUCGCAAUCAUGGGUACUUUUAUGUCUACAAUUUAAAAUUGGAACCCGAAGAAAACGACGUGCCUACAAUGACAAUUUCUAGUGAGUCUGAUACCAAUGUUCCGAAAGUUUUGAAUACUUACCGAGACAAUAGAGUGAAAACAGAACUAAUGGAGGCCUUUACCUGGCAUGCCGAAAAUCGCAAAAAGAAACGUGAGGAUAGAUUACCAUUUAGACCAGCAAAGGAUGAACCUAUGGCCAACGUUGAUGAUGGCGAUGACAUUUUUGAAAAUGCUGGAGAAUACAAGAGUGAUGAGUAUAACCUGGAUGCUAUAGAAAAAUUGAAGGAAAAUGAAAGAUAUUUUGAAACACAAGAAGUUGUCGAUGAAACUGUUGACUACAGUCUUCCUAUAAAUCUGCUCCUAAAGAGAAAGGCAACGAAUAAAAAGAAAGACGGUUACGACGAAUGUUAUCCUGACUUCGAUGACAUGGAUAGUGAUGAUGAUGUUGCCACUAAAAAGAAGAAAAAGGGGAACAAAGAGUGGAAGGAGGUUCAAAAGGUUAUGGAAGGAAAGACGAUGUCGAUUGGAGAACUCGAAGGGAUUAGUCAACAAAAGAGGGGAUACGCCAAGGUCAUCCCGCAGUAA